AUGAAAGCAAUCGGUAGAAAUCAACCUAAGCUCGUCGGGCUCGGACCCCAACACCACCGAUUUCCUCAUCGAGCUCGACCUGUCGAGACUCUUUCUCCUUCGAGAGGACGACGAGUCGAGGUAAUACUCUCUCGUCUGCAUCGAACCUCCCGGCACAACAACACUUUCGCCCUCGUUGGCGCAAUUUACCGAAUUGCCCUCCACCGGAAUCUGCAUAUCCGAGCGCGGAACUUGGCGUGCUCCGGCGGGCGAGGUGUCCUCCAUGACAGAGACCAUAGGAUGCAUUCUCGGGAAGCUGCGGCCGAUGAUCAAGUGUCCGUCCCAAGAGGCUCGAGGCUCGUCGAACGAGUAACGAGGGUCGUCGAGGCUUGCUCGAGCAGCGUCGAGGGAGAAUCUCGGUGCCACGUCACAAGAUCUACGGCCGAAGCCAUAGUCGGCGAUUUCGGAUUGGGUUUCUCUGUACUUGGCGAAAUUGGUGCCGUUGAUGAGGGGUUUUUUGGACUUUUGCUUCCGCCGCCACUUGUGCCGCCACUUCUUGCUGAAAACGGAGGCGGCAGCCCAGAAUCCGGAGGUUUUCUUCUCAUGAGUGUUGAUGAUGUCAAUGUGGUCUUUCAUGGGCUUCAAGUCUUCUACUUCUUCUUCUUCUUCGAUUGUGUUGUUGCUAUUGGGUUCUUUUUCAAACGAAUUUCUCAAAUUUUCCAAAUGGGUGUCUCUAACGGGUUUAAUUUCGUCGCCAUCAUCGUCGGAAUCAUCAUCGCAUACAAGGAUAGGGUCCUGAAAGUAGACGGGGACUUCCUCUGCGGCUCGAACGAGGGCCCUAGGGCUUCGUUCUUCGAGGCGGAGAAGGACUUGGUGCGGCGGAGCUCGGGGAAAAACGAGGGUUUCGAGGGUUUGGGCGCCGCCGCCGCAGGCGGCGGCGGCUGCGGGGGUGCGGGGGGCUUGGGGUUGGAGGAGAAGAGGGACCUGAUGGCGGCGGCGGCCGCGGCGGAAGCGGAGGAGGGGCGGCGGGAGGAGGAGGGGGUGUUGGAGGAGGACUGGUCGAGGGUGGUGAGGCGCUCGCAGAGGCAGGACGGGCAAAAGCCGGUGAACUGCUCGGCGGGGUGGCGGUCGCAGCUGAAGGAGGAUCUCGGCGGCUGCUGCUGCUGCUGCGGCGGCGGAGNUGGGUCUCAACGGGUGAAAUGA